AGACCAUCCAUCUAUCCACCUGACAAGUAACCCUGAACGUAGCCUCAUUUAGCGAGAGAAUUAUGCGUAAAUGAUAGUAAUAAAUGGUAGAAAUUUCCCCAAUUAAAUACUAAACUCGGAUAGUGAGGACCACGUAGCAGUAGCACCAAACAAAUAGAAUCAGUUAACAGGAGAACCCUUAUUAGCAAUAUUAUCCUCACAAAUUAGGAGAGAAACAGAAGGAGGAGUAGCUGUGGUAGUUCUAAGACCUCGGACUUGGGGAACGACGACGACGACGCCGACUCGUAACUCAGAGGACAAGGAGGUGCCGGCACUUGACCCUCUCUCAGGUAGUCGUAAUAGGGAUUUCGAGACUAAAUAUUUAAGCACCUUGGCCCCUUGACCCUACUUGUCAGGUGCUCUGUAGGCGCCCAGCUGUUAGUUGAUUCAUACCACUUACACCACAGCACAAGACCAACUCCUCCCUACCUCCCCACCACCACUCAUGCCUCCACCCCCAAAUGAAUGCCGAAUGCAGAAUAAAGUGAAAGAUUUCAAACAUUAAACAAAUAUGGACACAACUUUCCUGGGGCAUCAUUAUUCCGGCCAAGCCAGGUCCAUGUUCCCAGCCACUUAGCCAAAACUUUGAGCUAUGUAAUGACCGAAAAUCCAAACUGGAGGAGUAUAAAAGUGAGACAAAGGAAUGAAAGAAUCCAAAGGCACGUGGGAUCAUGACGGACGCAGAACAGGAACAGCCGGAGCUGGACACUCACAGUGCUGUGCACUACCACUGGCGAGUUUGGGAGCUAACCGGACUGAUGCGGCCCAAGGGCAUCUCUGGCGUGAUAUAUGCGGUCUACGCGAUCUUGAUCAAUGUGGUGGUUACCAUCCUGUUUCCGCUGAGCCUGAUGGCCCGACUAUUCUUCACGCACAACAUGCAGGAGAUGUGCGAGAACCUGACCAUAACCAUCACGGACAUCGUAGCAAAUCUGAAGUUUGUCAAUGUGUAUCUAGUGCGGGAGCAGCUGCACGAAAUCCGCGUCCUGCUACGCCGCCUGGACGCCAGGGCCAAGGAGGUGGGCCAUCCAGAGGAGCUGGCUGCGCUGCGGAGCGAGGUGGAGAUUGCCAAGAGCGGCUUCCGCUACUUUGCCCGCAUCUUUGUGUUCGGAACCACACUCAGCUGCAUCCGGGUGGCCAUCGCGCCGGAACGCCAGCUCCUGUACCCGGCCUGGUUCGGCGUGGACUGGCAACGCUCGACCAGGGCCUACGUCGUCAUCUACAUCUACCAGCUCUUCGGCCUGAUCGUCCAGGCCGUGCAGAACUGUGCCAGCGACUCGUUUCCGCCGGCCUAUCUCUGCCUGCUCACUGGCCACAUGCGUGCCCUGGAGCUGCGGGUGCGUCGGAUUGGCUAUGAUUCGACUGAUGUAAUGGAGCCAAGAUGGUCCGGGAGCGGGGACGGUGAGGCCUGGCAACGCCAGAUGCACACGAAGCUGAUCGAGUGUAUUCAGGAUCUGAUCCUGAUCUACCGGCUGCGCAGCAUCAUCCAGCGCAUCCUGUCCGCGGCCUGCAUGGCCCAGUUCGCCUGCUCCGCUGCCGUCCAGUGCACCGUGGCAAUGCAUUUCCUGUAUGUGGUGGAUGACAACGAUCUAUCCGCCAUGAUCUUGUCGAUCGUCUUUUUUGCUGCAGUCACUCUUGAGGUGUUCAUUAUCUGCUACUUUGGCGACAGGAUGCGGUCGCAAAGCGAGGCCCUGUGCGACGCCUUCUACGCCUGCAACUGGGUGGAUCAACUGCCCAGGUUCAAGCAGGACCUGCUCUUCACGUUGGCCAGGACGCAAAGGCCAUCAAUGAUCUUUGCCGGAAACUAUAUAUCACUCUCAUUGGAGACGUUCGAAGAGGUCAUGAGGUUCACCUACUCCGUAUUCACGCUCCUCGUAAGGGUGAAGUAAGCUAGAAAGCUGCU